GUGAAGUGCUCGGACUUGUAUUUAUAGACUUUUGAUGUAGCAUCCAACACCAUCACGCAGCAGCGUGUGAAUCUGAUGCUACAAUGGAGAGGAGAGAAGAGCAUCGUCACUGCAGCAUAGCGAAGCAGACCAUUUUGACAACCCACCCUAGCGGUCUGCAAACUAGAGUGUCCGUAGAACUAGCCAACUUCGAUGCACUUUGCCUACACUCAGAAUGCAAGAAGAAACAGUGGGACAGUCCUUUUCUGCACAGACGGGGCAUUUUAGGUGGCGUUUCGGGCCACAAUACCCCUAUUUUGGGCAGACGAAGUGACGCUGUAAAUGAAGGGAGACUGUCUCAACAAUGCACACCAGUUAUGAAAAGGCGGGAGGUGGACAGCCCCGGUGGUUCCCCUCUUCCGAUGAGGCGGGAAAUGGAUGAAGACAUCUGUGAGGUGGACAACAGUGUCAUCAGUGGCUGGUUGAAAUUCCGGGAUAACAAGCGGUGGAAAUCGAGAUGGGGAGUGGUAACAAAACUGUCACCAGCUGCAGACUGCCUUCACCUCCAACUCUACCGGGACCCGAAAGACAGAUACAAAAAGGGACAAACCAAAGCGUCCCUUUCUCUCCAGCACUACCUCGGCUUCGAAUCUGGCUUCACGCUUGAUAAAGAAUCCAACACCAUCGCGAUAAUAUGCCAAGACGUGAUAGUAGUCCUUGCGUUUGAGACGAGAGAGCGUCUUAUCGCUUGGCAAGUAAAGGUCGGGAGUCUGCUUGGGUCCUCGAAGCAGUUCCUCGUGAUGGUUGGUAACGCGGGGUCGAGGAAGCUACCAGCGGGCCCGGCGAGACUACACCUGCAGGGGAAGCGAUUCACGCUCACUAGUGGGGUGCCUCCUAGAGUACUCGGACUAUGGGAGCUUGCACAUUUAAGGCGUUACGGAGUCGUAGAGGGGCGGUUUUGUUUCGAAGGUGGCUCGCAUUGCGGCAAGGGCGAAGGCCUACACAUGCUGAUAUCAGACCAGGCUCAAGACAUUUCCGAUGCCUUCGAUCAGGCAGCGCACGGUAGCCUACCCUCAGCACGGUCGACACGUGGUAGUUCGGGUCAUGAAAGAAACAAAUCGCGGCCUAAUACACGCAUGUCAGAUCUAAAUACUCAAACGUUUGACCAAUCGAUGCCUGAUUCAGCGAGUGCGCUUUACGAAGAAAACUAUUUCGGCGAAGAUUGCGGUGAAAGUUCCUCUUUUUGGCCCUCUGAUGAACCGAGAGGGUUCGAACAAGACUACAGACCAGACUUGGAUCCUCCCAAAGCUCCCUGGGAAGGAGCCGAUCACGUAACUUUAGAGCGUUGUAGCAAUUGUCAAUCAAAACUCGGCGCAAUUUCUCGAUCAUCAACAGUGGCUUUAACGCCAGAAACUAGCUUCAAUCCAGAGUGGACUAUGGAAGCUGUACCAGAAACUCAUUCAGAUAAUUCUUCGAAUAGCGCUGAAUAUUUGACACCGAGAGCUAUAAAGAAAAACCUUAACCAUUGCACAUGUCAAGAUCGACCUCCAGAUAGGCCCCCGAAACCAUCUCAAUUUGACCAGAGGAAGCCGCCUGCCCCUCUUCCGCAGCAGUCAUGUAGCUGUACAAAAAACGACGAAGUUCCUGUUCCAGUACAUAAUCCUAAGGUUGGACCUUAUGAAAACUAUGAUGUUCCUAAAACAUUGCAUGCAGAGAUCGAUAAUUCAGAGCACUACGAUACGCCAAAGAAAAUAAAACAAGCUAUAGUUGAUGAUCUAUUUCAAGUUACCAACACUUCUAUACCUGGUUCACUAGUAUUAAAGAAACAAUGCGGUUGUAUUCUCAAAUUUGGAUCAAAAAAGAAACCAGUUGUAGUGGAAUGUGAUGAUAGCCUACGACCUGUCGAAUGCCCUUGCCAAAAAGUAACUAAUUGGGCAAAUAAUUUGAUUGGUCUUCCGUAUUGCAAACGUAGCUCGAGUGGUGAAAAAGUAAAUACUGAAGUAACGCUUCUGAACCCUGAAGAUGAAAAUGCUUUAUACGCCACCGUAGAUGUUACGAGAAAAACUAAUCGUCAAAGUACAUCCACCGACAAGGACUCUAGUCAGGGCUCCUCCGAGGCGGGUUUUACUAAUUAUCAAAAUAUGGAAAUGUCAGAUGACAAGGAAUAUGAAGGACCUUAUGGGAAUUAUGAAAACUUAGAAUUUGCACUGUCAUUGGAAUAUUACGAAAAUGCUAAAGAUUUAUUGAAAAAAGCUGGUGUUACUCAAAGCGAAUUAAAUGCACUUAGUGCAAAUAUUAAUAUGGCAUCUCAAACUCUGCCCAAGAAACAAAAGCUAUGCACUAAAUGUAGCCAUUGCCAAUCUUCAAAAGACCGGCCACAUAACUCACAAGGCCAAUGCGAUGAAUAUCUUCUUAUGGAACCCCCGAAAGAUGCUAAGAUUGAGUAUAAAAAUCGUACAAUGGGAGCAAACCUUGGAUAUACCCCAAUGGUACCGAAUCCAAAUUGGUCGCAAAGUCUCAAACAUCCUUUACAAAAAUUAUAUCGAAUAGAUAUUGAAAAAUCUCAGAGCAUACCAACACUAAAUGGUAAUUCAUCGGUACACCGUGAUAUGGACGUCUCAAAUAAUGUUAAUAGAGAAUCUCUACAGAAACGAUCAAGUUCUGUAGAUUCAGCUCCACUUCUCGAGGAUUUGAAAGAGUUUGAUAGUAGUAUUGGCAGCCAUAUGACAUCAUCUUCACUAGAAACUUUGAGAAACUUAGGUGAAGAAAACAGAUUAAAGUCCCCUUGUGAGAAUGAUGGUGAGUGCUAUGACUGCUGCAAGUCAUCUGGAUCUGAAAAUAAAACGUCUGACGAUAGUUUUACAAAAGACAUACCUCAUUUACGAAAUAAGCACAUGGAUAAUGCGCAAAUCAAACGAUCUUCAAGCGUUCCUUGUAAAGGCGGUAACAGGGACUCUUCUAGCUCCAACGAUUCUGGAGUUUCAAGCUGUUCUAUGAAACAUGCUGGCGAUUUCCAAGAGUUUGAGAUGCCGCUCACGUCUGGCCAAUCGAGGUAUCAUUAUAUGAUGCAGAAGAAAUUGCGGGGAAGUCUCUCCGGUUGCGUACACUCGUCAUUACCGAGAAAAUCAAAGUCAUCGGAUCCCUUGCGAGACAUGUCUAUGCAAAUUCACAAAGCUAACAUUCGAGCAAAGUCAUCGUCCGCGGAAGCAGAAGUUCCAGUGCUUCCUCCUAAGCAGAUGAAAGGUGUUAUGGACACACACAGCACAUCCAGUGGUACAUCAGACAUGUCGGAUUAUAUAGAAACUCUAUCGCUUACCUCAUCUCAAUCCUCAUCCGACACGCAGUCAGGAGUAAGGAUAAAUCGACAGCCAACCAGCACGUUGCGUCCACGCUCAGGCAAAGAAUAUCAUAACCUAGAUCCUAUUAUAACCUCUAUGUACAAGAAUGGUAAAGACCUUGCCAAUUAUACUAACCUGUCCUAAAUAUAAUAUAACCCGAGAAUAAAUAGUUUAUUUAUAAUAUUGUAGGAUACCAAUGAGAGACUGUAUAUAACCACGGGUUCUUUUUAGAUUACUCAUUUUACCGACGUGUUUUGUAUUUUUAUAAACUCGGCCAAUUUGUUGUUUUACAUUUUCUCAGUUGUGUUUUUGAAUGUUAGUACAUUGUUAUAGAAUAAGAUUUUAUACGUUUUACUCAAUAUUAUCACUUUUUAUUAACAUGAGCUUUAGCAGUGGACUCUAGGCUUUAUUUUGAAUGUUUAUUUGCGAUUUUGUUAUUUAUUAUGA